ACGGUGGCCUGAGCCAUGGGGGCGUUUUUGGAUAAGCCCAAAACUGAAAAGCACAAUGCUCACGGAGAGGGGAACGGCCUGCGGUUUGGCCUCAGCAGCAUGCAGGGAUGGAGGGUGGAGAUGGAAGAUGCACACACCGCUGCUGUAGGCCUACCACAUGGUCUGGAUGACUGGUCUUUCUUUGGCGUCUAUGACGGUCAUGCUGGCUCACGUGUCGCUAACUACUGCUCCAAACACUUAUUGGAACACAUCGUCGCCGCAGGAUCGGCAGAUGAACUGCGUAAGGCCGGAGCUCCAGCACCUGAGACGCCAGCCAUAGAGGCAGUGAAAAGAGGCAUCCGCGCCGGCUUCCUGAGAAUUGAUGAACACAUGCGCAGCUUCACGGACCUGCGGAAUGGCAUGGACAGAAGCGGCUCAACUGCAGUAGCUGUGCUGCUGUCUCCUGAGCAUCUGUACUUCAUUAACUGCGGGGACUCCCGGGCCCUUCUCUGCCGUAGCGGUCAUGUCUGCUUCUCCACCAUGGACCAUAAGCCCUGUGACCCUCGGGAGAAGGAGCGUAUACAGAAUGCAGGCGGCUCUGUGAUGAUCCAGAGGGUUAACGGAUCACUGGCUGUAUCCCGAGCACUGGGGGACUAUGACUACAAGUGUGUAGAGGGCAAGGGCCCUACGGAGCAGCUCGUGUCACCAGAGCCUGAAGUAUUUGAGAUUGCUCGGUCAGAUGCGGAGGAUGAGUUUGUUGUGCUGGCGUGUGACGGUAUCUGGGAUGUGAUGACGAACGAGGAUCUGUGUGCUUUUGUGCGAUCGAGGCUGGAGGUGACGGACGACUUGGAGAGAGUGUGCAAUGAAGUGGUGGAUACCAGUCUACACAAGGGAAGUCGAGAUAAUAUGAGUAUUGUAUUAGUUUGUUUGCCAAAUGCACCCCAGGUGUCAGAGGAUGCAGUAAAGAGAGAUGCAGAGUUGGACAAGUAUCUUGAGUCACGUGUGGAAGAACUCAUAGAGAAGGCAGGGGAAGACGGUGUGCCUGAACUGGCACAUGUCAUGAGCAGCUUGUCCCAAGAAAACAUCCCUAACCUUCCACCAGGGGGCGGCCUUGCCAGCAAACACAGUGUUAUUGAGACAGUGUACAACCGAUUGAACCCCCAAAGAGAGGAGGAUGGUAGCGGUGCUGAUCUGGAGGACCCCUGGUAGUCAAUUCCACCUGAGGAAAGAGCCGCGUUUCUACACAAGACAUCAGUCGUUUCUUUUGUUCCAGUGAAACCAGGAGAUUCAGCGGACAGUCUUUCAAGAGUCACAACCCAAUGGAAACACAGUACAACCAAAAGCAUUAAAAACCUUUUUCUAAUACAUGAGGGAAUGAACGGGAGUUCCUGUUUUAAAAACAAAACACAAAAAUAACAAAACUACACAUUGUACAUUAAAAAAAAAAGGAAAAAAA